UUAAAACCCGCCAUGCUUCCUCGGCUCGUCCCCCGACGGUCCAGUCCACCGCCAUCAUGCCCACCAGGAACAUCACCGGCGAACGACUCUCUAAGUUCAAAAAUAAAGGCAAAGACCCGGCUAAACUUCGCGACAAGAGAAUCUCCGAGUGCGUGGAGCUGCGUAAAGCCCACAAGGAUGAAAACUUUCUGAAAAGGAGGAAUAUAAAGUUGUCUUCGUUCCCGGAUGAGGAAGCUCUGUCUCCAGAGUUCGUCCCCGACGACGUGGUCGCCUCCAUCUCCAUCGAUGACAUUAUUGAAAACGUCAACAGCGACGACAGGGAAGCGCAGACCAGAGGAUGUCAAGCUGCAAGAAAGUUGCUUUCGCACGAGCGCAACCCUCCACUGAAGGAGAUCAUUGAUGCUGGUCUUCUGUCCCGCUUCGUCCUCUUCCUGGGCAUGGACGAUGAGCCCACGCUUCAGUUCGAAGCGGCAUGGGCUCUGACCAACGUCGCCUCAGGAGCAUCCUGGCACACGCAGCAGGUGGUGGAGCAUGGGGCGGUUCCUAGCUUCAUCGCUUUGCUGUCCUCUCCUCGGCUGCACAUCAGUGAGCAGGCUGUUUGGGCUCUUGGGAAUAUUGCAGGUGAUGGUCCAGUGUACAGAGACGUCCUGAUCGACUGUAACGUCAUCCCGGCUUUAUUGGCCCGAAUCUCCCCAGAGACACCGAUUGGUUAUCUGAGGAACCUGACGUGGACGUUGUCCAACCUGUGCAGGUACAAGAACCCAUUCCCUCCACUGUCCGCAGUCCAGCAGCUGCUUCCAUCAUUGAUCCAGCUGCUUCACUUGACUGACAAGCAUGUCCUGUCUGACGCCUGCUGGGCCAUCUCCUACCUCACUGAUGGGGAUAAUGACCGCAUCGAGAUUGUGGUCAGGACUGGGAUAGUUCCUCGACUGGUGGAGCUCAUGACCCACAAGGAGCUCAGUGUCACGACUCCAGCUCUGCGUUCUAUCGGAAACAUCGUAAGUGGCUCUGACCUGCAGACCCAAACAGCCAUCGACGCGGGCGUCCUCAACAUUCUUCCGCAGCUGAUGAGGCACAAAAAGGCCACCGUCCAGAAGGAAGCAGCCUGGGCUCUGUCCAACAUCGCUGCUGGUCCAUGUAAACAGAUCCAGCAGCUCAUCACGUGUGGCCUGCUCCCCCCGCUGGUGGAACUGCUGAGAAAUGGAGAUUUCAAGACUCAGAGGGAAGCAGUGUGGGCAGUGACGAACUUCACCAGCGGUGGCACUGUUGAGCAGGUGGUGCAGUUGGUCCAGUCUGGUGCCCUGGAGGCUAUAAUCAACCUGCUGCAGGUGAAGGAUGCCAAGGUCAUCCUGGUGAUCCUGGAUGCCAUCAAUAACAUGUUCCUGGCGGCAGAGAAGCUGGGCGAGAUCGAAAAACUGAGCCUGCUUGUUGAAGAGCUCGGAGGACUGGAUCGCAUCGAGUUGCUUCAGAACCAUGACAAUGAGCUGGUGUACCAGGCAGCACACAACCUCAUUGAAAAAUAUUUCAGUGAUGACAAUGCCGACUGUCUUGAGGUCGAAGCGACUAAAGAUGCCUUUGUGUUCAAGACUCCUCAGAAUCAAACGUUUCAAUUUUAACAUGUUUUUCAAAAUAAAUUUCAAC